CACCACCGUUUAAAAGUAAUAUUCUUACGAAUAAAAAGAUUUAUUUGUUUUAUUAAAAUAUAUAAUUCAAACGCCAUAAUGUGACGUAUUCGUUUAAUUGCUGAUAAAUAGUAUCAAUGAUUUUAUUUCAUUAAUUGAACAUUUACCGUGCUAUAGCACAACAAUUGCCUAACACGUAUUCUUGAAAAUUCUCAAACAAUAUCCAGAAUAAUCUCAAUACUUUUGAGAGAAUUUAAUUUGUGUACUUGCAUGUGACUUACAUGUAUAUUAUUGAAUUUUUUAUCGACGACGAUCUACUGGUCCGGUUUUAAUGACCUCAAAGCAGUUACCUCAGAACUAUUCAAAGCAGUCAUUCCGCUUAUCUUUUCAUCACCGUUGCCUUGGGAAUGACAACUCUUAGCGUCACAUUAGUAAAGGUUGCAUCGCAAGCGAAUAUCUCUGGACAACUUAUUAAGGAUAUUGUAUUUCUCUUGGCUCAACUGGUACAUAUAUUUUUUUUUUUAUUACAAGGACAAUUCGUACUGAAUGCAAACGAUGAAUUUGCCGAAUCGAUAUAUAAUACGUUCUGGUAUAAUACUAAUACGAGAACGAAACUGUUGCUUGUAUUAGUACUAAGAAGUUGCUCAAGUGCUCCUAAUCUAUCAGCUGGAGGGCUGUUAGUGUUCAAUUUGAAAAACUUCUCAGAGGCAAGUAUCUCUUCUUGAAUCCACAAUUAUUGAGUUGGCAACUAAGUGAUUACGGAUUUUGUUAAUACCACCUAAUGACAGAAUCCGCAAUCACUUAGUUGCCAACCCAAUAAUGUGGAAGUAUUUGAAGAAUAUCUUUUUUAAAUCAAUGUACACGACAUCGUAUUUUUCAGAUUCUAAAAACAUCUUUUUCAUAUUUCACCGUACUAAAAACCACGUGAAGUAUGUAACGUAUCCGACAAAGGCGAUGGAAUCAAAUUCCAGAAUGAAUAAAGUUUUACGGAUGAGAUACGCAUUUAAUCAGGAUGUUCUAUGCUUUUCAACCACCGAAUUCUUUUUAUUUUACACCCCUACAGUAUAACACUUGGUGAGGAAAUGAUAUGAAAUUUCAGAAUGUCUAAAUAACGGGAAUUUGUACCACGUCUGAGUUUAAGGGGGUAUUCUAGUCUAGAUACAUGAAUUUCGGGCGGUUUUUAAAGCUCUGUACAAACGAAACAAAAAAUAUUUUUACUAUCCAUUUUUUAUCAUUUGUUUAUUGAUACUUUAAGAUUACAUAAAAAAUUAACUGAAAAAUCUUAAAAUUCACAAAGUUAUGAACUGGCAAAGUGAGGGGUCCAAAAAAAAGGGUGUCCUGACGUGCAUGAUUUCAAUUCUUCUGGUUAUCUGAAGCAAUA